UGUGUGUGUGUGUGUGUGUGUGUGCCCGCGCGCGUGUGUUGUAGCUCUGUCAAUCCUUGGAUUAGAACCAAUGACUGCUGCUUGUAGGAGGGCUGUCCAGGGCCAGAUUGUACAAUGGGCCUCAGUGCCAGAGUAUGAGUGGAGAUAAUUACGGAGAAGUCACACUCUCUCGCACCCUCCGCUUCCUUUUUGUGUCCUUCAGCAAAACAGUGGAUUUAAAUCUCCUCCUAGGAGCUUGAGAGCAACGCAAUCUAUCAGGGAAAAAAAAAAAGAAAAAGAAAGAAAGAAAAAAAAAAAAAACCCCAACCUGACAAAAAAGAAGAAAAAGAAGAGGAAAAAAAAUCAUGAAAACCAUCCAGGCAAAAAUGCACAAUUCUAUCUCUUGGGCAAUCUUCACGGGGCUGGCUGCUCUGUGUCUCUUCCAAGGAGUGCCCGUGCGCAGCGGAGAUGCCACCUUCCCCAAAGCUAUGGACAACGUGACGGUCCGGCAGGGGGAGAGCGCCACCCUCAGGUGCACGAUUGACAACCGGGUUACCCGGGUGGCCUGGCUAAACCGCAGCACCAUCCUCUACGCUGGGAAUGACAAGUGGUGCCUGGAUCCUCGUGUGGUCCUCCUGAGCAACACCCAAACUCAGUACAGCAUCGAGAUCCAGAAUGUGGAUGUGUAUGAUGAGGGCCCAUACACCUGCUCUGUGCAGACAGACAACCACCCAAAGACCUCUCGGGUCCACCUCAUUGUACAAGUGUCCCCCAAAAUUGUAGAGAUUUCUUCAGAUAUCUCCAUUAAUGAAGGAAACAAUAUCAGCCUCACCUGUAUAGCCACAGGUAGACCGGAGCCUACAGUUACCUGGAGACACAUCUCCCCCAAAGCUGUUGGCUUUGUGAGUGAAGAUGAAUACUUGGAAAUUCAGGGCAUAACCCGGGAGCAGUCUGGGGACUACGAGUGCAGCGCCUCCAACGAUGUGGCUGCACCAGUGGUGCGAAGAGUAAAGGUCACCGUGAACUAUCCACCAUACAUUUCAGAAGCUAAGGGUACAGGUGUCCCUGUGGGACAGAAGGGGACACUGCAGUGUGAAGCCUCAGCAGUUCCCUCAGCAGAAUUCCAGUGGUACAAGGAUGACAAAAGACUGAUUGAAGGAAAGAAAGGAGUCAAAGUGGAAAACAGACCUUUCCUGUCAAAACUCAUCUUUUUCAAUGUCUCUGAACAUGACUACGGGAACUACACUUGUGUGGCCUCAAACAAGUUGGGCCACACCAAUGCCAGCAUCACAUUAUUUGAAGUGAAAACUACAGCCCUGACCCCUUGGAAAGGCCCCGGCGCAGUCAGCGAAGUGAACAACGGGACGUCGUCACGGAGGGCAGGCUGCAUUUGGCUUCUCCCUCUUCUGGUCUUGCACCUGCUCCUCAAAUUUUGAUGUGAGUGCCACUUCCCCUGCGGGGGAAAGCUGCUGCCACUGCACCAACAACACUACCGCAACGGCAACCUGACAGCAACAAUAAGAAUCAAAUGAAAUUCAGAGAAACACAGCCUAAUGGGACAGAAAUUCGAGGGAGGGAAACAAAGAAUACUUUGGGAAAGAAAAAAAAAAAUGUUUUAAAGAGGAAAUUGAAAAUUGCCUUGCAGAUAUUUAGGUACCACUGAGUUUUCUUUCUUUUCCCAAAACGGGAAGAACGCACACCCGGCUUGGGCCCACCCGCAAGCUGCACCGUGUGACCUCUCUGUUGCCAGGGUGGGCAAGGGCUCAGAUGCUGGGCCCACUAAAGUGCCCCACCAUGGAACAUUCUGGAGUCGGCCAUCCCAAAUUCCAUCCGUCAGUAGAGACAAACGCAGAGUGAGCCAUGCAGGCUCAGAUGUGCCACGGCGGGCCCUUUGGUAGACUGCGCCACCAUUGUGUGUGUCAUGAAAUGUGAAAUUAAAAAAGAAAGAAAGAAAAAGGAGACAAGACAGCCUGACAGCAACAAUGAUCCCACAAACAACAGUCACAAAAAAAUCUUGUUAAACAUUUUUUUUUUCUGUUUUUCAUUUUACUACAUGGACAUGAUGGAAAAUAAGGGAUUCUGAUUCAUUUAUUAAUUUUAUUAAUUAUAUUUUCUGAUAUGAGUCUAGAAUUAGUGCAAAAACAAGACAAAACUAAAAUAUACACACAUGAGAGGGGUAAAGAGAAAUGUGUUUGUCAAACAUUAUAAAAUGAAUAGUGUAUCUCUUAACUAGGUUUACAAUAGGUGGACACACUAGGAAUAAGGACCUGGUGAGGAUUUGGCAGAUCCACCAAAAAAAAAAAAAAAAAAAACACAUCCAGUUUAACCAACCUCUCCACCAGCGCUACAGAUUCCUCCUUUUCUGGCAUUUCAUGCAGACAAUAC